AUGGCAUCAACCACUACAACAUCAGCGCCACAGUCCGCGCCGCCAUCUCUCGCGCUCCCACCCUCCCAGUUCGCCCGACUCCAACCACAUGCCUACCUUCUCGCCCACCUCUCACCCCCCGCAUCGAGCCAACAGCCUUCAAUUCGAGCCAAUGGUCGCGCUCCUUCACAGUUCCGUGUCACAUCCGCAAACACAGGUUCGCUAACACAUACAAAUGGGAGCGCCGUGGUGCGACUCGGCGACACCACGGCCGUGUGCGGUGUAAAAGCGGAGAUCCUACAUACAGAAGAUAUUGCCUCAUGGAGUGUCUCGCACUCAUCGUCCUCCGACUCAAACAAACGACGGAAAUUUACGAACCCAGCCGACAAGCCUGGUGAAGAUCGCGAAGAUGGGUCAAAGGAAGACGAAGAGGAGGAGAACUCGUACAUCGAAGACUUUAGUUUACUCGUGCCCAACCUCUCUUUGAGCACUGGAUGCGCGCCAGGAUUCACACCUGGCGCACCUCCUGCCGCUCUAACCCAGUCUCUAUCGCAUCAGAUCCUCUCAUUACUGCACAGCUCCCGCCUAGUCCGCCCCGAGGAUCUGCAAAUAUGGUACGAUCGACCAAAUCUAGGACCAGAAGAUCUGGAGCGUCAUAAUGAGGAUGAACAGAUGGAUGUGGACGUUGAAAAGCAACCGGGCGAGGAUACUCUACAGGCGCGUGAGAUUAAGGCGUUCUGGGUCCUCUACAUAGAUAUCAUGAUUAUUUCUCUGGCAGGGAACCCAUUCGAUGCAGCUUGGACAGCUGUUCUAGCCGCUCUCCGUGGUACGAAACUGCCGCGUGCAUGGUGGGAUGUUGAUAAUGAAACGGUAGUGUGUUCGGAUCUCGUUUCGGAAGCUCGCAAGCUAUCGCUGCGGGGUCUACCUGUCGCUAGCUCCUUUGGUGUCUUCGAGGCAGAUGCCGCGGCUGGUUGGAGAGCGGUUAUCAUCCCCGACGCUGAAGAGGAGAAACAAUUAGCGGAGAGUGACAGGAAAGGUAUUCAAAGGAGAUGGAUUUUGGCUGACCCUGACGGUUACGAAGAAGGGUUAGCUGCUGAACGAGUGAGCUUUGUUGUUGAUAAAAACCCAGAUAACGGCAAGGUUACCAUCGUAAAGAUGGAAAAGAACGGUGGGCUCUCUGUUGAUAGGAAAGAGUUGAAGGCGUUAGUGGACGUAUCCGCUCGGAGGUGGGAGGAUAUCAACCAAAUUCUUGGACGAUGUUAG